AUGCCUACUGCUAGUAGUUAUGCCCUUACUGCUACUACAGCAAUGCCUACUAGUAGCAAUGUUACUGCUGCUAAAUCAAUGCAUACUAGUAGCAAUACUGCUACUAAAACAAUGCCUACAAGUUGCAAUACUUCUACUAAAGCAAUGUAUAUUAGUAGCAAUGUUACUGCUACAUUAAGCAAUGCCUCAAUGCCUAGUAGUAGCAAUACUGCCACUACAGCAAUGCCUACUGGUAGCAACAUUGCCACUACAGCAAUGCCUACUAGUAGCAAUACUGCUACUACAGCAAUGCCUACUAUUUCUUUUAGUAGCAAUGCUGCUACUACAGCAAUGUACACCACCUACUAG